AGAUCCUACGAAUCGGAAUAGGCCAAGUCCCGAACGAGAAAAGAAACUCAUCCCAGUGCUGCGAACUGGCCCCUUGAGUCUGGAGAGGCCGAGUAGGAGAGUCGAUUGAUCAUUAGCGUCAUCAGCUCAUCGUCUUGUGUCGUUCGAUCUCAUUGCGCAUUUUCGUCCCCCUGAACGAAGAGAGAGCCCCCUGACACCUGCCGCAGCGAUGGUCCUCAGCUCCCUUUCCUCCCUCGCCUUUCCCGGCGUCGACGUCGCUUCAAUCGCUUUCGGUUGCCGCGCAUUCUCAAGUGUCUCUUCCACGCGCCUCUCUUCCCGCCACAGUGCCGGUGCCGUUGUUCAUGGAAAGAGGUUCCAAGUGGCGCUGCGACCAGGUUGCGUAAGAGCUUCUGCGGCGUCGUCUGGUUCAAAGGAGUCGUCACCGCUGGUGGUGUGCUUUGGUGAGAUCCUGAUCGACUUCGUCCCAACAGUCAAUGGCCUCUCCAUAGCUGAUGCUCCGGCUUUCAAAAAGGCUCCUGGAGGAGCUCCCGCUAACGUUGCCGUCGGCAUUGCUCGCCUCGGGGGUUCUUCGGCUUUUAUAGGCAAGGUUGGAGAAGAUGAGUUUGGCUAUAUGCUUGCAGAUAUUCUGAAGGAAAAUAAUGUAAAUAACAGGGGUAUGCGUUUUGAUCCUGGUGCUCGAACUGCCUUAGCAUUUGUUACACUGAAGGAAAAUGGUGAACGUGAGUUCAUGUUCUACCGCAAUCCAAGUGCUGACAUGCUGCUUCAGGAAUCAGAACUUGAUCUGGACAUUAUUAGAGCGGCCCAAAUCUUCCAUUAUGGUUCUAUCAGUCUUAUUUCAGAACCAUGCAAGUCUGCCCAUCUAGCAGCUGCAAAAGUUGCAAAAGAUGCUGGUGGUCUUCUUUCAUAUGAUCCAAAUCUGAGGCUACCAUUGUGGCCAUCGGCAGAGAGUGCAAGACAAGGGAUUCUUAGCAUUUGGGAUACUGCAGAUGUUAUCAAGAUAAGUGAAGAAGAGAUUUCUUUCUUAACUGGAGGAGAAGAUCCAUAUGAUGAUGCUGUCGUCCGUAAGCUUUUCCAUCCAAAUUUGAAGCUUUUACUUGUAACUGAGGGACAAGAUGGUUCCAGGUACUACACAAAGGACUUCAGUGGGAGAGUUGCUGGGUUCAACGUGAAUGCAGUUGAUACUACUGGUGCUGGGGAUGCCUUUGUUGCUGGAUUUCUCUCACAGUUGGCUGAUGAUCUUUCCUUACUCCAGGAUGAGGGCAAGCUCAGAGACGCUCUUAAGUUUGCAAACGCAUGUGGGGCGCUAACAGUCACCGAGAGAGGAGCCAUCCCUGCGUUACCAACGCGAGAGGCUGUACAACAGGCAAUAGUGCAGUUCGCUGCGUAGAAUGCUGGCACUUGUCGAACCUCGUCAUUCGCAUUAUCAGAUCCCGGCUUAGUGACAUAGAAUACCUUCUGAUACUACAUUCUGUGGCUAGUUGUGAUAACCGUGCUUCUCUGUUUCUUACAGAAUUUUACGUGUUAUGAUCCACGCAAGCUCUUGUAUUUUUGUUUGGAGGGCAGGUUCAUUGAAUUUUGGAAGCCUCCCAGCUAAUAAAGUUAUUACAAUUUAA